ACCAGUACUAGCAGUAGCAGUGAUUUGUAAACAUGGCUGCCAAAGUGGGUGUGUAAUUCAGAUGUUGUGACAGAUUUUUUCCGAAUUAUUACUUUAACUGCAUUGUAAAUACCACGGAAAAGCACAUUAAUUUGAUUUUUGACGCUGAGGUUUUUUUUCCCACGAUGAAUUGGCUGAGGAACAGUCCCAUUAGGGUCUCCCUAAGAGGACGAGGCCCUAGUUCUUCGCCACCUAAGGAAUGCGAUCCAGCAGCAUGUUUUGAAAGUUUUAAACAUCAUUGGCAACAGGCCCUCAGUAUAAUCAACAAAAUUCAGGGUGGAACCGAGGGCCCAACUCAGGACGAUAUCCUUGCCGUGGUCAACAACCUUGACCAAAUGCAGGGACUGCUGGUGCUGGAGCAAAAAACUCCCAACAGCAGAAAUAUGCACGAGUGCCUCGAUUUUCUGCUGAGCCAAAAUAUUCUUGAUCAACUGCUGACCUCCAGCUCGCUAACCGGACUUUACAGCAACAUUCUGAAGUUGGAGCAGUUAAAAAUGUAUGAAAUGCUGCUAAGUAACGCACCACAACAGCAACUGCUCACACACGAGCCUUUUCUUCGACCUCUGCUUCGGCUUCUAACUUCGUGCAUCAAUGAGUGCUUUCCAGCCGACAUUGAGAAACGGCUCAUUUUACUGUUGAACCAGUUGUGUGUGUGCUUAACUCAACAUCCAAAUUACCUUGACCUUUUCUUCACUGAGAGCCAGGGACCAGGAAGAUUUGUGAUAUUCUCUUUGCUGAUUCCGUAUGUCCACCGAGAAGGUGGCAUCGGCCACCAGGCCAGGGAUGCUAUGCUGCUGUGUAUGACUCUAUCUAAGAACCAUGACGUCCUCGGAGCGUAUAUAGCAGAAAAAUCAAAUGUUUGUCCAGUUCUUGCAACUGGCUUGAGUGGAUUGUACUCUCGUCUUCCACGAAAAAUUCAAAUUGAGACUGACGAUUGGCACUGCUUCACACCUGAUGACGUUAUCGAAAUGCCCGAGCUAACGUUGUUUCUGAGCUUGCUCGAGUUCUGCAAUGCUGUUGUCCAAGUCGCGCAUCCCUUGGUGCAUGCACAAAUGCUGGAGUUUGUGCAUCAUGGCUUUUUGGUACCAGUUGUGGGUCCGGCCCUGCUUCAGGACUCGGAAGCCUUCUCAAUAGCCAGUUCAGAUCCCACCGUCCAGAGGAAUAUGACUGAAGAGCUGCUCGUGUCUACUGCGUACCUUGAACUUUUUCUGAGGAGCAUCACAGAGCCUGGACUUCUUAAAAUCUUCCUCCGCUUUUUAAUUGUUGACCACUAUGAUGGAGAGCGAGUCAUAGAUAAGCUGAUCUCCAGACUGGGCACCAAAGACCAAUUGUGUUUGGCCACAAUAGCCCUUUUCAACACCUUGGUCAGCCUCAACUGCGAAGAUGUGAUGUUGGAGCUUAUCUUCAAGUACCUGAUUUCCUGCUCCCAUGUGAUGCUGUCUCAGCGCAAGAGGAUCAAGGAUAUUGAUGUGUACUGUAAGAGUGCCGAAAAGUUUCUCUCCCUGUCUCCGUCCUGCAUCACAAAUCCCGGAGAGAAGCGCCGGAAAAGCAGUGGCUCCUCCUCUCACAGCGAGUCAAAAUCUUUACCCACAUCUUCCACCUCUUCAAGCAGGACCUCUGACAGCCUGCAUGGUAACUUCAGCGCCUACCUAAUAUCAGCUCGGAAAAACAUCACAUCGUGCUCCGAAGCAUGCAAAUCGUGGACGCACCUUUACGAUGGAGAAAGUCCCUUACCAUGUAAGGCCGUGGCAAUUGACAGUAACAGAAACUUCACCAAGCCAAAAGAUGAGAGUCUUCCAUCCAUUAGUAGUGGCUACGAGAGCUUCCCACUGCCACGGUCAAGAGACUCGUCGCCUGAGCCGAAAGAAAGCUUGUCUAAUGAGAAUAAUCUAGUCAGUAGAGACAGCGGCUUUUCUGGUACAGUGGCCAAGCCACUCUCAUUUACCAAUUCCUUCCACACUACACCUGAUAUUGGUCCUUUUCUGGAUUUGCUUUUGAGGCAACUUGAGAACAUGAUGACCAAUAGCUUGUACCUGAAUCUACAGUUGACUGGGCUUAUUUCGAGGCUGGCUGCUUAUUCUCAGCCACUCCUGUUGUCACUUCUUCUCAACCACUCUCUCGUCUUCCAACCUAGCGUCCGUUCCCUUUUCCAAGUUCUGGGAUCAUUGAAGCAACGCCUAGAUUCUUAUUUGAGCAGGCAUGACAAUGUUGACAGGGUUUUACGAGAUGCCAAAAGUUUCCUUGUUCAUCGCGAGGAAAGUAUAGUCAAUAUCAAGAAGGUUCCUCAGGAUAGUGUUACAAAUUAUGCGCCAAGCACAGUCAAUGGAGGGAGCAGAAAAGGGGGCUCAAUCGCCGACUCCUCAUAUAAAGGAGAGGGAAGGAGGCUGAGUUUUUCCUCUGCGUUCUCUGUUCUCAAAGGUGCAUUCUCUCCUGUUCGUGAACAACCUGCUAUUGAAUACAGUGCUAAUGGAUUUAGGUUUACCAAAAAAGUAGAGAAAGAAAAUACGGAGCUGAGAAACGUUGUGAUGUGUGCGUUAGUUUUUGACGAGUGGUUGAAAGAAUUGGCAGCUUUGGCAUUGGAGCAUGUUGCCUGCUAUGAGGUUCCAAUGCCAAAAAAGUAACCGAAUUUACUUUUCAGUCAAACAUAUUUGCUUCCGAAGUAUUAACAUGUGCCAUCGAGUAAUUUUUAAUUGACUAUUUAUCUGUUAAUUUUAUCAAAGUAUUUUAAUACUUACAACUAGUUAAAGCAAUAGGACUGUUAACAAUUUGUCAAUAAAAGUUUCUGCAUCUAAA